AUGGACAAUACUGUCACCUCUUCCCAAGACAUAGCCAUGCCAUCUCUUCUCGAGAAAAAUGCAACAUCAGUUGAUGUAGAGGCCUGGGCGCACCCCUUUUUCGAAAAAGAAAAGAAAAAUGCACCCCAAGUGGUCGACACUGGCACAACAAUAUCAAUAAGGCUGCUGUCGGGUAAACUACCUGUGAAACGACAAGGUCAAAAAGAAGUGAUCGCAUUGCCUCUUUUUGCGGUUUUUCUUAUCAAUAUGAAGACGAACAAUCGUAUACAUGAUGCACUGGAACUGAAAGCCGGCAUCCUUAGCCAUUGGGGCAGUAGCCUCGUAGAGAGGAUUGCAGAGUAUGCUUCAACUGUCAGCCAGGAUCGCAAUUCAUUGUUGCCAGAGGUACCUUCAGGGUUAGCGUCACAUAAGGCGCUGGAUGGCCUUGAAAAAUUCAAGCUCAACACCUCACAGCAGAAGGCGGUACUUGAUUGUGUUUCAGCAAUGGAUCAAGCUAGGUGCUGGGUGCGCCUUAUCUGGGGACCACCUGGAACAGGGAAAACCAAGGCCAUCAUAUCUCUCUUGUGGUCAAUGCUGAUGAAAAACCACAGGACACUAGCUUGCGCUCCGACCAACACGGCGGUUGUGGAGGUUGCCUCCCGUGUUCUCGGUAUUCUCGAGGAUGAGUCCUAUGGCGGCAGUGGAAAACACUUCUCCCUGGGCAAUGUCGUGUUGUUUGGCAACGAAGAUCGGAUGAACGUGGAUGAAAACCUCGCAAAGAUCUUCUUGGAUCGGCGUGUGUACCGACUUGUGAAUGUGGCGACGAGCUGGAGGCACUAUGUGAACCACAUGCUAGAACUUCUUGCGAAACCGUUGUGUAUGCACUCUUUGUAUCUUAAGGAUGUUCGAUCGGAGCGUAGGGGUGAUAUUUUGCGGCUGCAAGGGGUGGGGGAUGCUGAACUAGAGAGGAGGAGGAAGGUGACAUUCAACGAAUUCUUCAUAGACAAUUACGAAUGUCAUGAGGAAGCACUGCGCCACUGCUUCGAGACUCUCCACAAUGAUCUGCCCCUAUCCGCUAGGAGAUUUGAUUACCUGGAUGAGACCCUGCGCUCGCUCGAAGCUUUCGGGAAACUUCUCCGGUCCGAGCCGGAGCGCCCGCUUGGGAAACUCUUCUUCAAAAACGGGGGGUGGCCAGAGUUCCAAGAAGCAAGAGCAUUGUGUCUUAACAAGCUAGAACACUUGCCCGAUUGGUUUGAUUUGCUUCCAAGCGAUUCAAGCAAAAUUGAAGACUACGUACUGAACAAUGCCACGAUCAUACUUUGCACUGCUGCUAGCUCAUUUAAUCUGCGCCGCGUCCGUGAUUUCCAGCCGUUUGAGCUCCUUGUUAUCGAUGAGGCGGCGCAGCUCAAGGAGUGCGAGUCGCUGAUACCUCUACAGCUUGGUAUCCACCGUGCUGUUCUUAUCGGUGAUGAAUGCCAGCUACCAGCGCUUGUCAAAAGCAAGCUCAGCGCUGAGGCUGGCUUUGGAAGAAGUCUGUUCGAGAGGCUGUGCUUGCUAGGACACCCGAAGCACCUCCUCGAUGUGCAGUACAGGAUGCACCCAGAAAUAAGCAAGUUCCCCAUCUCAAGUUUUUACUGUAGGAAGGUGACAGAUGGCCCCAACGUCCUUCACAGAGACUACGAGAGGAAGCUCCUGGACGGCCCAAUGUAUGGCCCCUACUCCUUCAUCAACAUCCAAGGUGGGAUCGAAAGCUCGGGCAUGCAUGGCACGAGCCUGAGCAACGCUGCUGAGGUCGCUGCGGUGACCCGGAUUGUGCAGAGAUUGUCCCAAGUUGACAUAAGAAGCAAGCUCAGCGUGGGCGUGGUAUCGCCAUACAAGGCCCAAGUCCGUGCCAUCCAGGAGAGCCUUGCUUUGGAGCACGACAAGUAUGGCGGUUUAUCCGUAAAGAUCCGAACCGUGGACGGGUUCCAGGGUGCCGAGGAGGAUGUUGUCAUCUUCUCCGCCGUGCGGGCCAAUACCCAUGGAUCGGUCGGGUUCCUCUCCGAUCAGAGGCGUACCAAUGUGGCACAAACACGGGCCAAGCAUUGCUUCUGGAUUCUUGGUGAUGCGGCUACGUUGUCGAGCAGCAGGACAAUCUGGCAGAAGAUAGUGGCCGAUGCAAAGGAAAGAGGAUGCUUCUAUGAUGGCAACGACGACAAAGACCUCUGUUCUGUGGUGAGCGUCGCGAUCAAGAAGGAUGAAGUCAACCGUCUGCUCAAGAUGGUGGAUGCUCGUCUUGGUAUAUGCAGCUCAUAA